UAAACUGGAUUGCGUCUCCACCCAACACCUGGAAAACAUUCGUGGCGAAUCGUGUUGCUGAGAUCCAGAAUUAUUCGCAUCCCCGACAAUGGAAGCACAUUCCCGGUACAUCGAAUCCUGCAGACCUGGUGUCCCGAGGGAUGUCCGCAGCUGAGAUGCUGAAAAGUUCGAUGUGGCGUUGUGGUCCCGAUUGGUUGGCUUUACCUGCCUCUAACUGGCCUAUUUCGAAUCCAUCACUGGCUACUGAAACGGAUAUGGAAACUCGUCAGAACGAUCAGCUACAAAACGUCAUCGCAUCCAAAUGUUCCGACUUGGGUAUCACUUGGCACUUUACCCCACCUAAGGCCCCACAUUUCGGUGGAUUGUGGGAAGCCGCGGUAAAGACGGCCAAACGACAUCUCUAUCGGCACCUAGGCAGUUCGAGGCUGUCGUAUGAAGGGUACUGCACCAUUCUGCAGCAGAUAGAAGCGGCAAUGAACUCGCGUCCUUUGUUGCCGCUGACGGAUGACCCGAAUGAUCUGGCGGCGCUUACUCCUGCGCACUUCCUUAUUGGCACGUCGAUGCAUGCGGUGCCUGUUCCCGACUACACCCGCUUGAAGGCCUACACGUUAGACGAAUUGCAGAGCUGGCAAUUGCUUGUUCAACGCUUCUGGAAGCAUUGGGCAACAGAAUAUCUGCAGGAGAUGCAGAAGGAUAACAAGGUGGUGAAUCGUAGUGAGAUAGUACCUGGCAGACUGGUCAUCCUAGUGGACGAUUCGCUUCCCAUCACCCGAUGGCCCCUCGCACGCAUUGUCGAAAUACAUCCCGGAGAGGAUCAGCUUACGCGUGUAGUGAAGCUGAAAACGGCGAAAGGUAUAAUUACGCGUCCAGUAACUAAAAUUUGUCUGUUACCUGUUGCGAAGCCGUCUGCUUAGUAGCACGUGUAACUUGUUUUGUUUUCUUUAUGACGUUCUGUCAUGGGGGGGAGUAUCCCAAGCAAAAAGUUUCGACUUGUCAAGAGCAAAUGACAGAACGUCUCCCUCUAAACAGUAUCCCGUGCCUGCUCGCACUGACACUGAGCGAAAGACGGUCAGAAAGCUCGAGUCGUGUCUGAUGAGUUUUCUCAUGCUGUUCGCUUCUCUUGGGUUAUGCCCUCUUGCUCGUACUCACGCUCGUUCUACCGUCGAUACAAAAGUGUACAAUCCGUGCGGUUGUCAGACUGCUCCAAACACCAACAACACCAACAAAUGCAUUUACAACAACAAAUCGAAGCUACCCGAGUUGUUCGCGGGAUCGUAUACAGAAUCGCUGAUGAAUCGCUGUACGUUUGCUUUCCUAAUUUUUAUCAUUAUUGUAAUGAUAAUUAUUAGUUCAUAUUAUGAGAGGCGAAUGCACCAAAACAUCAUACAAAAAUAAAACAACAGCUCAUGCUCAUGUGUCGAAGCUGUUGCUGUUUUGUACCACGAUUUUGUUAUGAGCUAAUAGACGUUUUGGGCGUUGGAAUCCGAUUUGAUUAUACGACCGUGAAAUAAAGAACCACCAAAGUACUAGUUCGUCAUAUGCUCACACUGCAGAAUUAUCCCAACAUUUGUAUCAUGUGUAUACGUCUUAUCGUAUGCAUGGAAGCUGUUGAUGAUAAAACAGUCGUGAGUAGUCAAAAACUGGAGCGUAAAACAAUAGUGUUUCGUGAUCCCAAUGAUUCAAACGAUAUUUUAUCUUAAGGAAUGUAUGCAUGGCUUGUCGUUCAGACCCAUCGUCAAAUGAUCAACCGAUGAAAUAAUGCGCAAACUAUGUAUGACAAGACGUUCUGACGAACGUACCACAGCUUCACACGGUUGUGGAAUAAUAGUCAUAAUAGACUGAACAAUACAAUUAAAACAACAUUGGAAUUGAUUGUGAAUUGUAAUAAUAACACACA